AUGGAGCAGGAGAUGUGGGUUCCUGACAGACUUCAACGAUGGGGCAGGAGAGGUGGGUUGCUGACUCAAGGAGACUUCAUCAAUGGAGCAGGAGAGGAGAUGUGGGUUGCCCAUUCAAGGGAGACUUCAUCAAUCAAUCUAGCAGGAGAGAUGUGGGUUGCUGACAGAGAUGACUUUGGUGAUGCUGGCGCUGCAGAUGAGGUUGAAGAUGACAUUGGGGUUGUACGAUGUAUUGGUGACAGAGAUAAGUUCGGUAAUAAUGGCGAGGAGGAUGAUGUUGGAGAAGGCGUGAUGAGGAGGAUGACGUUGGAGAAGGCGUGA